AGACAGCCGCUCCCGGGGGUCCUGAGGGUUAUCCGGUAGUUGUUAGCAACAGGAUGGCGGCGUCCACGCGCUCUCAGGUGAUCUCUCUGUACAGGUUACUGCUGACGGAGAGUAACAAGUUCCCCUCCUACAACUACAGGUGAGACAGGACCGCGGGGUUACCUGAGGUCAGCCCCGAACCGUCCGGACCUGCUGCUGUCAGCGGCGGUACCGGGUCUGUGUCUGUUUACCUCAGAGGGAGAGUGAGGUCAUAGAUUCGGGUUAUUACCGAGGGUUCAGUCUGUAAGGUCUUUAAACAGCUGCUGAGGGGGUUAAUCUGCUGUUUUAUCACUGAAAUUAUGGGAUUAUUGAGGUUUUUGAAGUCAGUCAUCUUUAACAGGAAGUGAGUCAGAGGUUAAAGGAGCAGUCCGGAGAUUUUGUAACACCUUUAGGUCUGUGUGUGUGUGUGUGUGUGUGUGUGUGUUAGAAAUAGGUGACUACAGUAAAUGUUCCUCCGUGUGAACACUGACUCAGUCUGAAGAUGUUGGUGUUCAGCCUGUGAGGGACCCACAGUUCAGCCCACGACCGUGACUCUGUUUUCUGUGAUCACGUGAUCUGAGUGUUUUUGUCAGGGACCGAAGAAGAAGAAGCAGAUUUAAAGGUUCAUUAACAGAAAUAUUAUGGAGACGUUUGUUUAAAAGAGUAACUAUAAAUAUUCUUAACAACUUUUUCAAACUUAAAGCUUUUAUUCUGAAAAUCUGGUGAUGCUGACAGUGACUUGAGUUUGUUUUGGACAAAUAUUGAUGUGCAUUUCAAGCAAAAGUACUAUUAUACAACCGCGGGAUAAUAAUCAAUUAUUGAUCAAAUAUUGGAUCCCUCCCUCUGCGAUCAUCUUUGAGAUGGGAACAUCAUUUGCUCCUCGUGUCUUUCAUCAAGUAUGUCGCCUAGUGGUAAAGAUCAUGAUUGACUGUUGCUUUGCUUUCGUACAGCUGUGCGUGGUCGUCGUAGACUUAUACAAGCUUAGCCUCACAGAGUUGACACUGAACCUGUGCUUCACCUGUUUAACUGUUGGACGGCUGCUGCAGUCAUCUCUCCAUCCUGUUUAUUUCUUCUUCUAACAGCCACACUGUGGAUCAUGCAAACACUGCCCUCACACAGAAGGCACCAGUGAAACAACUGUUUGACUUUUUAGGAUUUAAUGACUGUUUGAAUAUUCGAAAACCACUGUAAAUGGACUUUAUUCUCCUAAUUAUCUUCCUUUAUUUUAGUCCAAACUCUGAAUUAAACUCUGAUUUCUCAGAUUAAUUUUUUUAAUUUAUUUCAGUCGUUGAUAAAAAUCUCUGCAGACUUGACAAAGUUUCCAUCUCUCAGAUCCUCCAAAUGUUUUACACUCAGGUUUGUUUCUGUUCAGUCUGUAUUAUUAUCCACAUUUAUCAUCAUUCAGCUCAGCUGUCACCCGGACUCUUUGCUCCUUUUGUGCCUUUAUCAUUAAUAUAAUAAAUAUAAUAAAUAUAAUAAAUAUAACGGUCUUCAGGGUUCACAGGACACCCCCCCCCCUUCAGUCGCUGCAGCUUCAAACUUUAAAAACCAAAAAACUGCAGAUCUACCAACAACACAUCUAAUUCAGUCGAGGGUUAGUCUCCCUCUGCCUGUCUCUGCCCGGUAAUACCUGUGUGUGUGUGUGUCUGUGUGUGUGUGUGUGUGUGUGUGUGUGUGUGUGUCUCUGUGUGUGUGUGUUUGUUUGUUUGUUAGAGGUGAGGUAGGGACAGCAUUUUUCAGCUGUCAUAACACACACACACCUCCCUACACGGACUUCAGAGAGCCGUCGCCCCCUGUGCUCCUUGCAGGCCGUCACUGUGUUAAAUUAUUGAGCGGUCAGAUGAGGAAUGGUCUCCUCCUCCUCCUCCUCCUCCUCCUCCUCCUCCUCCUCCUGCUGCUGGUCCAAAUGAAAUAAAUUCGCUCUGUCUGCCCGGAGACGGGACGCUGCUCCUGUCUGCACCAUGACAGAGCUGCUGUGUUUGGAGGGGGGGGGCGGAUAUCUGCGAAUGACAGAGUUUCAGGAGAGGACUGAGAGGCUAAAACAGAACGGACUGAAGGUCCUGGUAGAUCAGCUGGUCAAAUCCAACCUAUCAGGAGCCUUGAUGCAGCCCUCAUAGGGCCAGGCGAUAUGGGAAAAAGUUUAUCAUGAUAUAUUAUUGAUCAUAUCAGCUGAUAUCGAUCAAAAUCAGGAUCUAAAAAUCUAACAGUGUUUAUUGGUCUCAUGUCUUUUCCAACACAAUAAUCUCCUGCAUCUGUGAGGUCUUUGUGUCUCUUUGGCGUUUUGUCGUAAGGCGUCGCUCUAGAGAAAGCCGACUGAAUGGUCGUCUGUUUCGGCUCCUCGCUCCUCUCGGGGUUUGUAACCUUUUGCGUUGCGCGUGCUCUGCGGCGUGGCGCUGCUUCAGGUGGUGAAAAAGAUUUGAGGUAUUCCCCGACUUUGUGAGAACAUGUACUCGACAUAAUUUACAGUCCACAUUACUCUGCUUCAUGUCCGACCUCCAAAAACCAAAAUACCUCCACACCACCGACGUUUUCCUAACGCCAGUGUUGUGGUUGACAUUGAUGUGGUCAUCUGUUGAGCCUUCAUGGUCAUUUCUGUCGGGGGUAGCACUCAUUUUCUUUGUUUCUCACCAACAGUGCUGUCGGCUUCACCUGUUAAAGUGCUAUGGUUGGGUGGAGCUGCUGUCUGCUACGACGCUGCAGUUGGUUGAUACUUGGUUCUAAUUCAGAACAUGAUUGGUUCAGACCCGGAGACACUCCCCUUUUCAUUGGCUGUUCGUAUAGUCAACCAAAACAUGUCAGAAUGACGACUAUUGAAAAGGAUAUUGAUCAUGUUUGAUAUCGAUAUUGAGAGAAAUUAAUUUUCAGUAUAUAUGGUUUUGUCGUCCAGCCCUGAGCCCACAUGUCACAGAGACUCUCACUGCAGCAGAACCCAAACCACCGAGUUCAGAAACUGAAAACUGGACCUGGACUCAGUGAAGUUUAGACUGUUUUCUCUCUUAUCCCACAAAGAGACGACCGAGGAGGUUCAUGUUGAGUAUAUUUGAAGGUUAACUGUUGGGCGUGUUUCUGUGUUUGUGAAGCCGACCUCUCAGCAGGUUUCUUCUCCCUGUUCUCCUCGAUCAUCUCACCUGGACUCGGUGUGUUUGUGGUUCAGCGGAGCGUUUCACUGGCGCUGAGUCAUCCUCUGAAUGUGCUGCAGCUCUGACCAGGAUCUGCAUCCAUCAGAGGACUCCGAGGCUCACAUCCUGACUCUGCUGACACCUCUUUAGAGGUCUCUGAGUUUGGAGACAGCCCGACUCUCAGCUCCUUCUCUCCUUUUUUAAGAAUGAGCAGACUGGAGCAGUCCUCCUCCCCUGAAGCUUCAGGUGGAGCUGAAAACAGAGUGUGCCGGUGUGCUGCUGCUGCUGAUUGUUGAAUGACCUGAAUAUGCCAGACGUUGCUGCAGGCUGUGUUUUGUUGUCUCAGUGUCUCUCUCCGACUACAAUAGCAGCUGACGCUCUCAGCUCCUCUUCCUGAGACGAGAGUUUUUAUCAGCGGGAGGAAAACAGAAAUAUGAAGAAACAUUCAGAAUGAGAUUAACGCCGCGGCUGAUAGUCCCAGGAAACAGGAAGUAAACUCAGUCAUGUCAUUAAAACACCAAUCAGACACUUUGGACUUUUAUGAAAAACAGGAUUUCAGCUCCUGAACGAAGAAACGAAGGAGAAGUUUGUGUGAGCAGAGAGAGGAGGAGGAGGAGCUAAUCUGACACACGGAGGGAGAAACUGAGCUGGACAGAGACCGUGAAGGACCUGGUCCAUGUCUGUAAAACUGACCCGACACUGACUUCCUGUUUGGUGGAGUGACAUCAUAGUGUAUGAUAUAGCGUGUGGCGUUCAAAGCUGGUUCAAACAUGCACGCCGUACAUCAGAAUGGUGGACUUCCUGUUGGCUUUAUGGCGUGGGUCCAGGUGUCAGAGUCCACAUGGCGUUAAGUUGUGAGGUCAGCUCUGCGGCGAUGGCGAAUGUUUUGGUCAUGUCACAGGAAGUGGGGGAGGGGCUUAGUCAGAAGGACGUCACAUCACUGCGGAGGAACAACAACAAAACAACCAUCAGUGUUUUCUGUGUCUCUCUCUCUCUCUCUCUCUCUCUCUCUCUCUCUCUCUCUCUCUCUCUCUCUCUCUCUCGCCCCCCCACAGUACUAACAGCUGAGCGACUGUUGACUUUCCAAAAUCCUCUGAUUAAUAAAUGAGGCGCACGCCUCCUCUCCUCGUCUCCCUCCUUUCCUCCCUCUCUGAGUCUCCUCCUCUUCUUCUUCUUCUUUUCUCAGUUUGAUCUCAGGUGUGUGUGUGUGUGUUUGUGUGUGUGUGUGAUGUUUUCAGUGAGGACACACACACACACACAGACUCAGAUCACUCAUUCAGAGUUUAGCGGUCAGCUCUCUCUCUCUCCCUCUCUCUCUCUCUCUCUCUCUCUCUCUUUCUCUCUCUCUCUCUCUCUCUCUCAUCCGUCACCGUUUUACCGUAAAGUAAACUUUUUCUUUUUUUUAAACUCAAAUUUCAAAAGUUCGUUCAGAGUAAACGUGGCGUUCAGCGGGUCAGACUCAUCUGUCCUCCUCUUGGAGGAUUUAUCGCCGUCAGACCGUACUGGAUCAGUUUUUCUGAAGGCCUACAUUGAAGCGUCCUGGUGGCGCCCACGGUCUGACAUCAUCAGUGACCUCGUGUCGUGGUCAGACGCUGUGCUGAUGAACCUUCUCUCUGUCCUCUCUGUUGUUCUUCUUUCUCUCCGUCUUUUCUGUCGUUCAUUAGUGGGCGGGGUCAUCAUGUCGGUCCUUUAGAGGUCUGAUGGAGGACCUGAACGCCCGGUCUCUGGACCCGCUGAGCUUUAGACCGAGACCACGAGAAGAAAAACCACAAAACAAGAACCACAACGACGAGAACUCUGAACUGGAGCUUCACUGUCUCCUUAUUUCCUUCUAUCCUUCACUGUCUCCUUCUUUGCUUCCAUCCUUCACUGUCUCCUUCUUUCCUUCCAUCCUUCACUGUCUCCUUAUUUCCUUCCAUCCUUCACUGUCUCCCUAUUUCCUCCCAUCCUUCAGUCUCUCCUUGUUUUCCUCCUCCUUCCUCCCUCCCUCCUUCCCUCUCUCCUUGUUUUCCUCCUCCUCCCCUCCUCCUCCCUCCCUCCCUCCCUCCUUGUUUUCCUCCUCCCUCUCUCCUUCCCUCUCUCCUUGUUUUCCUCCCCCUCCUCCUCCCUCCCUCCCUCUCUCCUUGUUUUCCUCCUCCCUCCCUCUCUCCUUGUUUCCCUCCUCCUCCCUCCUCCCCUCCCCCCUCCUCCCUCUCUCCCUCCCUCCCUCUCUCCUUGUUUUCCUCCUCCCUCUCUCCUUCCCUCUCUCCUUGUUUUCCUCCCUCCCUCCCUCCCCUCCCUCCUCCCUCCCUCCCUCCCUCUCUCCUUGUUUCCCUCCUCCUCCUCCCUCUCUCCUCCUCUCCUUCCUCCUCCCUCCUCCCUCCCCUCCUCCCUCCUCCCUCCCUUCCUCCUCUCCUCCCCUCCUCCUCCUCCCUCUCUCCCUCCCUCUCUCCUCCUCUCCUCCCUCCCUCCCUCCCUCCUCGUGUCCUUGUCUCUCUCUCCUGCUGCAGGUCUUUUUUUGAACCAUGUAAAUCGGCUCGUCUCUCUUUUAUUGGUUCCGUCUUAAAUCCUAAAUGAGUCGUAGACGGAGAGACGGACGGAGGAGAUGAAUGAGUGAGCGGCGCUCUAACUUUCCAAGGUCGAUGUUGUCGUUCGCUCACAUCAGAGGAGCUGCCAGCCGUAAUGAGCCCCGAGUCUCCCUGAGAAAAAAACACCCCAAAUUAAACCAAUCAUCGUUUCCUCUUCCUCUCUUCUAAUGCCAGAAAAUAAAAACGCUCCUCUUUCCAAUUUGUCUGAUUUGAUUUACUCCUCCGCCUGUGGAUCUGCACUCAGCGCGGCCCACGGCUGAAACAGGAAGUCCGUCUGCGAAGUUAUCCAGAUCAUUCUGACAUGUUUUAUUCGACUCUACAAAUAGACAAUGAGAAACAAAGAAAAUGAGUGCUACCCCCGACAGAAAUGACCAUGAAGGCUCAACAGAUGACCACAUCAAUGUCAACCACAACACUGGCGUUAGGAAAACGUCGGUGGUGUGGAGGUAUUUUGGUUUUUGGAGGUCGGACAUGAAGCAGAGUAAUGUGGACUGUAAAUAAUAAUAAUAAUAAUAAUAAUAUCUUACAUUUAUAUAGCGCCUUUCAGGAUACCCAAGGCGCUUAACAACACACUACAAAAACUAAAUACCAAAAGCCUGGAUAAACAAGUGUCGCUUCAGAGCAGACUUGAAAGAGUCAAGAGUCUGUGCUUGGCGAAUCUCAGAGGGGAGAGAGUUCCAGAGAGGAGGGGCGGCCACACUGAAGGCUCUGUCACCAAGGGAUCGCCUUUUCCCAUAGCGGACAGUGAGGAGCCCAAGGUCUGCAGACCGCAGAGUACGCGCCGGGAUGUAGUCCUUGAGGAGGUCAGAGAGAUAGUAUGGGGCUAGGGCAUGGAGAGUUUUGUAGGUGAGCAGGAGGAGUUUGUAGAUGAUGCGAUAUUUGAUGGGAAGCCAGUGGAGGCGUUUGAGGGUGGGGGUGAUGUGCUGCCAAGGUUUGGUCCGGGUGAGCACUCUGGCAGCUGAAUUUUGAACGUACUGCAGACGGUCCAAGUCUUUUUUAGGAAGUCCGAACAGGACACCGUUGCAGUAGUCUAAGCGGGAGGAUACAAAGGCAUGGAUGAGGGUUUCUGCAACAGGGUCUGAGAGGGACGAGCGGAGUCUGGAGAUGGUCUUAAGGUGGAAAAAGGCUGACUUAGUUACGGAUUUAAUGUGGGUUCGGAAUGAGAGGGCAGAGUCCAAGAUGACGCCCAGGUUGCGCACCUCGGAGGAUGGGGAGAUGGAGUAGCCGUCAAUAUGGAGGAGGAAAUCACCCAUUCUGCGAAGCAGUGCCUUGGGAGCCAUGAGCAAGAGCUCUGUUUUCUUGGUGUUGAGUUGGAGUAGGUUGGUGGUCAGCCAGGUUUUUAUUUCUUGUAGGCAGUUGACAAUGGGGAGUGGAGGGAGCAGAGUGGUGGGUGUGGUGCUGAGAUAUAUCUGUGUAUCAUCGGCGUAACAGUGGAAAUCAAGGCCGUGCUUACGGAUGAUCUGGCCGAGCGGGAGCAUGUAUAUGGUGAAGAGGAGUGGACCAAGUACGGAACCCUGUGGGACUCCGUGUGGAACUGGGGCCGGGUGGGACUUGGAACCAUGCAUGGAGACAAACUGCAGGCGGUUGGACAGAUAGGAGUGAAACCAGGAGAGCGCAGAUCCAGUGAUAUUGAGGUGUGUAGAGAGGCGGUUGAGGAGGAUGGAGUGAGAGACUGUGUCAAAGGCUGCAGAGAGGUCCAACAGGAUGAGGAUGCUGAUGUUGCCGGAGUCAGCCGCGAUGAGGAGGUCAUUGAUGAUUUUAACCAAGGCGGUCUCAGUGCUGUGGUGCGCUCUGUA